GCGCGUUUGUCGGGAGCUCCCGCAGGAGAGUUGACGGCUGCCCUCGCGUCGGUUCCCGCGGCCCGGGGGUCAUCAUGGACCAGAAGGAAUUAAUUGAAUACUUUAAGUCUCAGAUGAAAGAAGACCCUGACAUGGCUUCAGCAGUGGCUGCCAUCCAGACUUUACUGGAGUUCCUGAAGAGAGAUAAAGGGGAGACAAUCCAGGGCCUGAGAGCGAAUCUCACCAGUGCCAUAGAAAUCCUGUGUGGGGUGGACUCCUCGGUGGCAGUGUCCUCUGGUGGGGAGCUCUUCCUUCGCUUCAUCAGCCUUACCUCCCUGGAGUACUCUGAUUAUUCCAAAUGUAAAAAGAUCAUGAUUGAACGGGGAGAGCUUUUUCUCAGGAGAAUAUCACUGUCGAGAAGUAAAAUUGCAGAUCUAUGCCAUACUUUCAUCAAAGAUGGAGCGAGAAUAUUGACACAUGCCUACUCCAGAGUGGUCCUGCGGGUGCUGGAAGCAGCUGUGGCUGCCAAGAAGCGAUUCAGUGUGUAUAUUACAGAGUCACAGCCCGACCUAUCUGGUAAGAAAAUGGCCAAAGCCCUCUGCCACCUCAACGUCCCUGUUACCGUGGUGCUGGAUGCCGCUGUGGGCUACAUCAUGGAGAAAGCAGAUCUAGUCAUAGUCGGUGCAGAAGGGGUCGUUGAAAACGGAGGAAUAAUUAACAAGAUUGGAACCAACCAGAUGGCUGUAUGCGCCAAAGCACAGAACAAGCCCUUUUAUGUGGUUGCGGAAAGUUUCAAGUUUGUGCGGCUCUUCCCGUUAAACCAGCAAGAUGUCCCGGAUAAGUUUAAGUACAAGGCGGCUACUCUCAAGUCUGUGCAGGAUGGACAGGACCUGAAGGAGGAGCACCCGUGGGUAGACUACACAUCCCCUUCCCUCAUCACCCUGCUCUUCACGGACCUCGGUGUGCUGACCCCCUCUGCGGUCAGUGACGAGCUCAUCAAGCUCUACCUGUAACCACCGGGGUCCCCUUCAGUGCCACAUCAAAGGGCCAGCCAGGCCAAGACAGAACUGUACUUGAAAGCUUCAUGGACUAAGAACUGAAAUCCCAAGUCCUGGAGAAUCUCUUCACUCAUCUAGGUUUAAAAGCAAACCUAAAUGUGCAUCUGGUCUUCCAGAACUUGCUCGCUUUGUUUCCAGGAGUACACAUUGUGUAAGGGCAUGGCAUUUAUUGGAGACAUGGCAUCCACCUCCCUCUGCUCCUGAGUGCUGUCUCACUGGAGAUUUUGUUCAGUGAGUGAAGCAGGGUUCUGACUACGCCACCCUCGGCACUAAGAGACACCAUGCACCUUGCUGUACUCACUGCCUUUGCCUGUGGCCAGCAGGGGCAGCACUAGGCUUGAGAACACAGGCGGCGGCGGAGCAGCCCUGUGCAGCACUUACCAAUCUUCCCCAUAUUUGUUUAAGUUCCAAACGGAUUUUUAAAAAUUUUACUUGGUGACAAAUUCAACAUCUUUUCAAAUAAAUUAUGAGUUUUGAAGCCA